CGUCUAGCGGCAUUUGAAGAUGAACCAUGCGAACAAAGUGUAGCUUUUCAUAAAACGAAAACCUGUUCGCUCUUCGUGUUCACGAUCAUGCCAGUGCCCGCGGAGAAACUGGAAAAAUGGAAUGCCGUCUUCGAUUUGUUACUGUUUCGACAGCUGAAGGAUGACGUCGACGAUACGUUGGUUGAGAAACUUGUGACUUUCCUCGAUGCAAGCGUGCGACAGGACUUGGAAUUCGGCACGGAGCUGUGGAAAGGCUGCGAUGUCUUACUCAAGUUGGAAAAGGCACUUGCAGUGCCUAGAACAUCCGAAUCCCUUUGCUUCGCACUUCGGCUCAUUGCCGUCUUCGGAAAGCUUGAAACAAUGUUCACAUCACUUCUUGACGACAGUUGCGUGCUGAAGGCCCUGGACAAGUUUAGUGACAACGCCAGUGCCCGUGAGCAGGUGGCGUAUCUGGAAACCGUGACAUCGUUUCUCAGUCACCAGUCUGGUCGAGCCUGGUGUAUUGAGCAUGGUGUCUCGUCAAAGGUAUUCCAGUGCCUUCAGGAAGCCAGUGUCUUUGUCCAGGGAAAGGCAGAGGCAUAUUUUGUUGCGUUCCUCGAGUCGGACUUCAGCAAAAGCAAUGGGAGUGAAGUUACUGCCUUUGUAAACAGGACUCUGACUGAGGAGCUACCGCCGAGACACCGUAAAAGAUGUCUGCACAUCAUUCGUUCCUUGCUUGAAAAGGAUGCCGAAUUCGGAAAAAAGCUUUCCUCUGAAUCUGAUGUCCACCAGCGCCUCCUUGGCUGCUGUGUUGCCUGGAUGUCGUCCUCUGAAGCAUCCGGUGCAGCUGCUGACGUUCUCGCCAAGCUCACAUCUACUAUGCAGGAUGACAGCUUUUUUGAAGAAGUAAUGAAUUCACUCAGCAGCGACAGACUUGUCAGCAUCAAGUUUGCAGCCAGCUUUAUUGCAGAAAGUGCUCAUUUAUGCGCAAAUGUGGAAAUCGAACGGAAGAUUGCAGAAACCCUCACAAGUCCAAUAGCCACAACAGAGUCCGAGUUUGGAAACAAGUCAAAAGUGAGGGCGCUGCAGUCCGCGGCUGUUUGUGAACUGAAGAGAGCACUGCCGCACUUUGCACACUUGGCAACUCAUGAAAUGGUGGCCAACAAGAUAAUGCAGUUCUUAACGAAUUCCUCGGCUGUCAAGGUGACGCGGCUGCUUUCCGUUGCCCUCGAGUGCCUUGCAUUUACUGUGGAAAAAAUUGAUCUUGUGCAAGCAGAUGCAACGAAAUUAAGAAGUUAUCUGGAUAACCUGGCACCAUUCCUUCGUGAUCCGAAUUUGUCAGCUCAUGCACUGAAGCAAGCCCUUGCGGUAUGCUUGACAUUCGUGUGCGUCAUCUUCUCAAGUGCAAGCCAAUAUUUCGACUGGAGGGCAUGCGGUGCCCUCUGCUCCUUUGGCGAAUCCCUACAGCGUCAGCUUGUGUCGACUGAGCCACAGUUCGUGGAAGCUGCCCUUGACUCAUUCGGUGGCAUUGGGAAUGAUGCCGAUCGGCUGAAUCUGCUAGCAUGUUCCGCUGCACUGUCCUGUCUUGCUGAUUGGCUCCAGCACUAUGGAGUGGCCAGGUUUGUGUGGGACAACUUGCGGAACGGUGAUGGCGGGGUGCGGGCAUCAGCGGUGGCUGCGAUUGGAAAGCUGUUUGUUCGAGAAUGGCUGUGGACUCACUUUUGCAACCGUCUGUCGCUUGACGAGGCAAAUGUCAUAAAAGACGUUUCAUCAAUGGUUGUGGACGAUGCAGACGUGUUUGCCCGACGAUCCGCAGCAUCCACUCUUCGCACCUGGCUCACUCGAGACUGCCUUGGACUGCGCUCCAGACAUCGAAGUGCCUUGCAGCGCUGUGCGUCCACCAUGCUCUGUUUGGACUUGGACUGUGAAGUCCAGUUAGCCGGUCUGUCGAUCUGGAAGACACUUCUGGGAGAAAGUCUUGGUGCGUCGAGUGCAGUUUCUGACUCCACUGUCAAGGAAAUCCUCAAGGAUGCUGACACCGCAGGUUUCGGCACGUCUAUGAAAAAAGUGAUGGCCUGCGAUGCAGACCAGGAAGUCCGGAAAGAUGCUCAGGCUUUUAUGCGUCAGCUGUGGACCAGGCUGCACGACCAGUGUUUGUUGCCUGAGAAAAGCCGUGUAAUGGGACGUACCCAGGAUGAAGUGGAUGCCUCAGACGGCAAACCAGAUCACUCGGCUGAAGCUGGGGCUCCCAUGGAGUGCUGUGACAAUACUUCCACUGUGGAUCGUUUGGCAGCCAUGGAGGAAGUGCUUGAUCUGGGCGUGUCGGAGUGCCUCCAACGGAAGUUGAAGCUCCCCGAGAACAUCCGAAAGCCAGCCGCACCACCGACAACAUGCACUUUAAAGUCAGAGCUGGUAGAUACGACAGAACUUCUUGCGAGACUAUCAGCUCGGGGAACAUUCAGAAAUUGUGAUGUGGAGCAUGUUACAGAAGACUUUCACAGUGGUGACUCCCUUUUAGAAGACAUCUUGGCUGCUGCCGCAUCAGAUCAUUGCGACAGGGACUGCUACUGAUUUCUUAUCACAUACAAACAUUUGUAUGUAGAUGCAAUAAAUCUGUGUAAAUAAAGAACUGCCGCAGAAACCGUUUCAUGAUUGAUGUCGACUUCAAUGACAUGGGUGUUGAACCAAUCAUGUGACAAGUAAAAUGUUCCAAAUA